AUGAAACAGAUCUUGAACCAAUAUGAGGAAGCUUCAGGACAAGCUGUCAGUCUACCUAAGUCUGAAAUUUUUUAUAGCAGAAAUGUUGAGGACCCGUUGCAACAAGCUAUCACCAACAUUUUGGGUGUUAGAGCAGUCUUAGGAACUGGUAAGUACCUUGGUUUACCUUCAAUGGUAGGGCGAAGCAAAAAAGCAACCUUCAGUUUCAUUAAGGACAGAGUGUGGCAAAGAAUCAGUAGUUGGAGCAGUAAAUGCUUGUCUAAAGCUGGUAGGGAGGUCAUGAUCAAAUCGGUCCUUCAAGCUAUUCCAUCUUAUGUCAUGAGCAUAUUUAGAUUACCAGACACUCUACUAGAUGAAAUAGAAAAAAUGAUGAACACUUUCUGGUGGGGUCAUGGAGGCUCAAACAACAAAGGGUUAAACUGGCUAUCCUGGGAAAAACUCUCUGUUCACAAGAAUGACGGUGGGAUGGGUUUCAAAGACUUGGUAGCCUUCAACGUGGCUAUGCUCGGUAAACAGGGUUGGCAGCUGCAAACAAAUACAGAUAGUCUUGUCUCAAGAAUGUUCAAAGCUAGAUAUUAUCCGCAUAGUUCUUAUCUAGAGGCAAAACUAGGACAUAAUCCUAGCUUCGUGUGGCGGAGUAUUCUAAGUGCCAAGGUGGUGGUCCGACAAGGUGCCAGAUGGAAGGUAGGUACAGGCUUUAAUAUUCCUAUCAUUAGUGAACCAUGGAUUGGUUCGGGUUCCAGCAUUCCUCCUAUAGGAUAUUCUAAAUACGCCGCUACACCAUCAGGUUCAAUUGGACAAAAUGAUAUGGAAGGCGGAGAAAAAUGGGUGCUACUCAGUUAA